AUGCUGAACAGUGAAGCUGAUGUCAAUGGUUGGUUUGUGGAAUGUUAUGAAGAUGAACCAGACAGAGGGUAUGGAGCGAAUGUAGGCAAGGUCUUCAAGGUCCUCAGAGCUACUUCCUUUCAAAACCCCUUUCUGCCUGCUAGGGAACAGUUUGCUGGAGGUGGAUCAUAUGGAAAUGGAGCAGCAAUGCGUGUGAGUCCUGUGGGACUGUUUUACAGUCGAGACAGUGAAGAGUCAGAAGCAAUAAAGGUUGCAAAGAUGCAAUCACUAGUCACUCAUGCUCAUCCUCUUGGCUACUUUGGAGCCAUUCUUAUGUGCUUGGCUAUUAGGGAGGCAUUGAAGGUCCCAAGUGAUACACCUGUUAACCCUGAUGAAUUCUUGGAUGCCCUCCAGCUGAAACUGAAUGCCCUUCCAUUUGUUAGUGAAAAUGAUGGUGAUGUAGUUGAAGUUGAAGCUGAACUCAAGAAGAUGAAGAUUACAAUGAUGGGAGUGAAGAUGCAAGCAGGAAUAGAGGUAGACCAAGGGGGCAAGAAACUGUUGAUACCUGGUGAAUCCAGAGAGGAGGGAGCUGCUGCAGAGUACAGAGAAAAGUUGUUGGCUUGCAGGAAACUUCUGAAGAAAGACUUUGACAAGGAUGAAAUAGUGAAUCAGUUGGGGAACUCAGUCUCUGCUGUGGACUCUGUCAUCACUGCAUUCUAUUGCUUCCUUGCCUGCUAUAAUUACAAUCAAGCACAUGAAUUCAUGGUGGAGGCCAGUGGAAAUGAGGAGGGGAUGGAGAAAAGCUUGAGACUGGCCUGCAUGUUGGGAGGAGAUACAGACACCAUCGCAAACAUGGCGUGUGCCCUUGUUGGAGCCCAUGUUGGCCUCAACUCUCGCAUUUGUUUUCUCCUUGACAGCUGUGAGGAGGGCAAUGAACCUCUAGACCUUGGUCGGCACAUCUACGACCUUGUUUACCCCUCAGCAUCUUGAUGUAACUCUCAUACCAUGUUGUAAUUCAGGGUGGUCCAUCUGGUGGCCUGCAGUAGUUCCUUCUCUGACUGUCACAGUCAGAAAAUUAGAACUUUGACAAGAAUGUGUACUGUAGGAAUUACUCUUGUUCUUUUCCUUGGAGCUUAUUCCAUGAUUCCUUGCAGCCAAAAAUCAUUGGAGGCCAGGUCUGACACACAGGCCACCAGUUGGACCACUCUGUUGUAAUUCAUCACCCUUCCUUUUCUCCUGCAUGGAGACAAUGUCAUUUUUUAUUAAAAUAAAAUUUUCACUGAGAAAUGUCCAUUCAAAAUUU